AUGGAAAACACAAGAAAGCAAUACCUUCAGCCGGAAGCAGAACAGGAGAUCAUUGGAAUGUGUCUUAACACCACGCCUGUGCGAGUUCAAGUUGAACCGACUGCCGGAGUUCGUGACCUCUUGACGAUGAUCCAGCAACAGCAUAUUGAGGCACUUGAACAUGAAACUAUUGAUUGGCUUGAUAUGGUCGCGAACAGUACCUCCUGGGCGGCCGACAAUGAUCUUGAUUCAGUCGUGCUGCAUGAGAACGUUAAGACUUUGCAGGAGAUCUACCUUGGCAAUACUGCUGGACAAAUGCACGAGCCUAUUUUCAAGGACUCAAAUGUGAAGCAACAUCUUCUUAUUACUUUCCCAUGCACUCAAAGCUUGACAACCUUCUUGAUAACAAGGACCGGCUUGCUAGAAAAGAGUUUUGCUGAGGGACUGGUGUCCAAGUUCAACGAUACCCUGGUGAGGUUUUAG